AAGAUAUAAAAUAAGAAACACUCUCUUAGCCUUUGAAUCUGUGUGUAAACAUAACGGAGCUAUAUAGGCUCCAUGGUAAAUAUACUGAAUAAACAUUAAGUAUUAUGUUUACUAACUCUAGACUCAUUCAUUGGCCCUUAUACCCACGUGAAAUAAACCGCGGCAUUUAUAGCGCGAAAAAAACAUCAAAAAAUUGAUAAAUCAAUUUUUAGAAGAGAGUUUAUAUUUUAGUAUUUCAAAAUUAUUAAUUAUUAAAUAAUAGAAAAAUAUCAGAAAAAUAUGAAAUUAAUAUCGUACAUAUUAUUAUUAAUUAUUUAUGAAAAAAUGGAUAAUGUCGUAUUAUCAUCUGAUAUUGAAAUAGAUUUAACAAAAACAAUAAUUUGGGGUCCCGGCUUAAAACCUGACAAAAUAAUAAUGCGGGCAAGAUAUUUCUUUUUACAGCUUGUAGACACAAAUGGUCAAAACUUAACUGUUUCACCUGGUACAGACAUUGUUACCGCUAAAAUACAAGGUCAAACUUGGAACAAACAAUCAUGUCAUAUAUGGACGCAAGUUUUAGACCGUAAAGAUGGUAGUUUUAUUAUGCGUUAUAAACUUCAUAACACUUGUAUGAAUAUGACUUUAAAUAUAAAAAUAAACAAAAAAGAUUUACAAGUACAACAAUUAGAAAUGAUGGGUCCUGCAUAUGAGGAAGAAUGUUAUUGUCCAAAUAUAAACUUUAACGACUGGUUGAAUGAUUAUGAUUGUCCAAAUAAUUACGCACAAAUUAUUUCUGAUCUUACUCCUUUCGUUAGUGUAGAUUUUAACAAAAUACGUAAUUCUUUGAUUAAGAAAUAUAACAAGCCUAACAGCAUUAGUCUUUGUCAUUACGUUAUCAAAAAUAAUAGAAUUUAUAGGCAAUGCUACGGACAACAUAUAGGAUUUAAAAUAUUUAUGGAUGCGAUAUUGCUUUCACUUGCACGCAAAGUAGUCCUUCCAGAUGUUGAAUUUUUCGUUAAUUUGGGAGAUUGGCCGCUUGUUCCAAUUAAAGAACUCAACUAUCCUAUAUUUUCAUGGUGUGGGUCUAACGAUACAAAAGAUAUUAUUAUGCCAACAUACGAUAUCACACAAUCAUCUUUGGAAGCUAUGGGAAGAGUAAUGCUAGAUAUGCUAUCUGUGCAAGGUAACAUAGAUACCCCAUGGGAAAAGAAAAUAGAAAAAUUAUUCUGGCGUGGUCGUGAUUCCCGUAGAGAACGUCUUAAUCUCAUAGACAUUUCCAGGAGGUAUCCUGACUUAUUCAAUGUAUCUCUUACUAAUUUCUUUUUUUUCAAGAAUGAGAUUGACAAAUACGGUCCUCCGCAAAGUUACAUUUCAUUUUUUCAAUUUUUUAAGCACAAGUAUCAGUUGAAUAUUGAUGGUACAGUAGCAGCGUACAGAUUUCCAUAUUUACUAGCAGGAGAUUCUUUAAUACUGAAACAAGAAUCGAAAUAUUAUGAACAUUUUUAUAAUGAUUUGGUACCUGAAAUACACUAUAUACCCGUAAAAAGAGAUUUAUCCGAUUUAGUUGACAAAAUUAAAUGGGCCAAAGAAAAUGAUGGAAUUGCUUUAAAUAUUUCUAAAACUGCUAGACAAUAUGCAAGAGAUCAUCUAUUGCCGCAGAAUAUUAUUUGUUACCACAGCGUGCUGCUUCGAGAAUGGAGUAAACGUCUUACUAAUAAGAUCAAGGUUUUAAAUAACAUGGAGGAAGUUUUACAACCGCAGCAUUCCUGUCAAUGUAAUAUUGAUGAUGUCAAUUUAAAGGAUGAACUUUAAAAUUGUUUAAUUAAUGUGUUAAACAUUUUAAUAUGAGCUAUUCACAUUUUGUGAUAAUUAUUAUAUUUUAUGAUGCUAAAUAUAUUUCUUUUAUUUUUGUUGUUUUUAUAAACACUAUUUUUUACUAUAUUACAUUAUAUUUAAUGAUAAAUUCUAUGCGCUCUUAUUUUUUUUUUAAUUACAUUAUCAUUUCUUCUAUAAUUUAAAGUUUAGAGAGAGAGAGGAAUAUACAUUUGUUGUUUCUAUUUGCAAAUUCCUUUAAAAAGUAUACUCUUUCUUUUUAUAAUAGAAUAAAAGCUUUAGUUAACUAUACAUGCAUCCUUGAAAGAAACAUUAUCAUUUCCAUUCUGAAAACAAAAUAAUAUUAUGACGUUAACUCAUAAGUUGAAAUAUUUAAUUAAAUGAUGACAAGUACAAAAUCUAAAAUACAUCUUAAUUGAACUUACUUUUAUAUAAGAUAAUCCAGAGAGAAAUAACUCAAUAAUGCAAAAAA